GGCCGGGGGAGGGGAGGGGCGGUGGGGCCGCCCCCGCCCCGGGACCGCCGAGCGAGACAUGGACACGGACCCGAGCCCCGGCCCCGGCCCCGCCGAGGAGCCCCGCGCCUCCACAUCCACCGCCCCCGCCGCCGCGCACGACCCCGGCGCCGAGGAGAAAAAUGAUCCCCCUUUUCAACUCAAACUUCCUCCAAAAGCAGCUAGACCUGAAAAAGAAGUUGACCCAGAAUAUGAAGAGAAGAUGAAAGCAGAUCGAGCAAAAAGGUUUGAAUUCCUCCUGAAGCAGACAGAACUUUUUGCACAUUUUAUUCAACCUGCAGCACAAAAAUCACCAACAUCUCCAUUGAAAGUCAAGCUGGGACGGCCACGGAUGAAGAAAGAUGAAAAACAGAGUUUGAUUUCAGCUGGGGAGUACCGUCACAGGCGCACGGAGCAGGAGGAGGAUGAAGAGCUGCUGUCCGAGAGUCGGAAAACGUCUAAUGUGUGCAUUCGCUUCGAGGAGUCCCCCUCCUAUGUGAAAGGAGGAACUCUAAGAGAUUACCAGGUCAGAGGUUUGAACUGGAUGAUCUCAUUGUAUGAAAAUGGUGUUAAUGGCAUUCUGGCAGAUGAAAUGGGUCUUGGUAAGACUCUGCAAACAAUAGCAUUACUAGGCUAUCUGAAGCAUUACCGAAACAUUCCUGGGCCACACAUGGUCCUGGUCCCAAAAUCAACUUUGCACAACUGGAUGAAUGAGUUCAAGCGCUGGGUUCCAUCCUUACGUGCUGUUUGCCUCAUCGGGGAUAAAGAUGCCAGGGCUGCAUUUAUCCGUGAUGUUAUGAUGCCUGGGGAAUGGGAUGUUUGUGUUACGUCAUAUGAAAUGGUAAUUAAAGAGAAAUCAGUCUUCAAAAAAUUUAACUGGAGGUACCUGGUAAUUGAUGAAGCCCACAGAAUAAAGAAUGAGAAGUCUAAGCUGUCAGAGAUUGUACGUGAGUUCAAGACAACAAAUCGAUUGCUGCUUACGGGAACUCCUUUACAGAACAACCUCCACGAGCUGUGGGCAUUACUCAAUUUUCUGUUACCUGAUGUCUUCAAUUCUGCAGACGAUUUUGACUCAUGGUUCGACACUAAAAAUUGUCUCGGUGAUCAGAAACUUGUGGAAAGACUUCAUGCUGUUUUGAAGCCAUUUCUGUUGCGUCGUAUAAAAGGUGAAGUUGAAAAGAGUUUGCCUCCAAAGAAGGAAGUAAAAAUUUAUCUUGGGCUCAGCAAAAUGCAGAGAGAAUGGUAUACAAGGAUCCUGAUGAAAGACAUUGAUAUCCUGAACUCAGCUGGGAAAAUGGAUAAGAUGCGUCUGCUGAAUAUUCUGAUGCAGCUGCGGAAGUGCUGCAACCAUCCCUACCUGUUUGACGGUGCUGAGCCCGGCCCUCCUUACACCACCGACACACAUCUCAUCACCAACAGUGGGAAAAUGUUGGUGCUGGAUAAACUGCUGGCAAAGCUCAGAGAGCAAGGUUCAAGAGUGCUCCUUUUCAGUCAGAUGACUCGCUUACUGGAUAUUUUGGAAGACUAUUGCAUGUGGCGUGGGUAUGAGUACUGCAGGCUUGAUGGACAGACACCACAUGAGGAAAGAGAAGAAGCAAUAGACACAUUUAAUGCUCCCAACAGCAGUAAAUUCAUUUUCAUGCUGAGUACCAGAGCUGGAGGUCUUGGAAUUAAUUUGGCAACUGCUGAUGUGGUUAUUCUGUAUGAUUCAGAUUGGAACCCUCAAGUAGAUCUGCAAGCCAUGGACCGUGCGCAUCGUAUUGGUCAAAAGAAACCAGUACGGGUGUUCCGACUUAUCACUGAUAAUACUGUUGAAGAGAGGAUUGUAGAAAGAGCUGAAAUAAAACUGAGGCUGGACUCUAUAGUUAUACAACAAGGGAGGCUCAUAGACCAACAGUCCAACAAACUGGCAAAAGAUGAAAUGCUGCAGAUGAUCCGCCACGGAGCCACUCAUGUUUUUGCUUCCAAAGAUAGUGAGCUGACAGAAGAAGAUAUAACCACUAUUUUAGAAAGAGGUGAAAAGAAGACGGCUGAAAUGAAUGAACGAUUGCAGAAGAUGGGGGAGAGCUCCUUACGAAAUUUCACUAUGGACACAGAGAUGAGCUUAUACAACUUUGAAGGUGAAGAUUACAGAGAAAAGCAAAAGCUGAGCAUGAUGGAAUGGAUUGAGCCUCCUAAAAGAGAACGCAAAGCUAAUUAUGCAGUUGAUGCUUAUUUCAGAGAAGCCCUGCGUGUCAGUGAACCCAAAGUCCCAAAGGCUCCACGACCUCCAAAACAACCAAAUAUUCAGGAUUUUCAGUUUUUCCCACCACGGUUAUUUGAACUUCUGGAAAAAGAAAUUCUGUAUUAUCGUAAGACUAUAGGAUAUAAGGUCCCCAGGAAUCCUGAUCUUCCAAAUGCAGCUCAGGUACAAAAGGAAGAACAAAAGAAGAUAGAUGAGUCUAUGCCUCUGAAUACUGAGGAAACUGAAGAGAAAGAAAAGCUUCUAACACAGGGUUUUACAAACUGGAAUAAAAGAGAUUUUAACCAGUUUAUUAAAGCUAAUGAGAAGUACGGGCGUGACGAUAUAGACAAUAUUGCCCGUGAGGUGGAAGGAAAGUCACCCGAGGAGGUCAUUGAGUAUUCAGCUGUUUUCUGGGAACGUUGUAAUGAACUACAGGACAUUGAGAGGAUUAUGGCCCAAAUUGAACGAGGAGAGGCAAGAAUUCAACGGAGGAUCAGUAUCAAGAAAGCCCUCGAUGCCAAAAUUGCAAGGUAUAAAGCACCUUUUCAUCAGCUGCGCAUUCAGUAUGGAACAAACAAAGGGAAAAAUUACACAGAAGAAGAAGACAGGUUUUUGAUCUGUAUGCUGCACAAGAUGGGCUUCGACAAAGAGAACGUGUACGAGGAGCUGAGGCAGUGCGUGCGCAACGCCCCUCAGUUCCGCUUCGACUGGUUCAUCAAAUCCAGAACUGCCAUGGAGUUUCAGAGACGCUGCAAUACUCUCAUAUCAUUAAUAGAAAAAGAAAAUAUGGAAAUUGAGGAAAAGGAAAGAGCUGAAAAGAAGAAAAGAGGAGCAAAAGUUACAGCAUCACAGAAAAGAAAAGCAGAUUUGGCUGCUGAGAACUCUGGAAAAAAGGAUGCCAAGAAAGCGAAGUCGUGAACCUGAAAACUGAAUGCUAAAUAUUAAACUGCCACUUUCUUCACUCCAUCUACAUGUAUUAAUUGCCAACUUCUUUGUAUUCAUGGUACUCUCCCCCAAGUCCCAUGGUUUAAUUUUGCAAAUUUUGUAUACUUUUCAAUGCCUUCUUUACCUAAAAUGUGUAGCUUUAUAUCUUAUGCAUUCCAGUAUUUUUGUGUACUGUAUUUUGUGAGUUUCAUGUCUUUGGCAAAAUUCACUCAGUCCUUGGUUUUUUGAAGCUUGUGCUGAGGUUUUAGCUUUUAUAUGUUUUAUAUGCUGCUGCUUUGAAAGAAAACCUAGAUUCUAUAGCUGUAUUAUUGUUGUUUCAUAUUUUAAAUUUAUAUGGCUGUUGGAAAAUAAACUGACUUAAUUAUUUGAAGAGAAA